CUGCAUACAGCAGUAUGUAUUACUUCAAGUCGUGGAUAGAAAGAACCUUCAAUUCACCCGACAAGCCCGGUAACUGGUGGAGUGGUGCCAUAAAACUACCGCAAGAAUAUAUAAACGGCGGUACUUUUAUUGGAAAAGUUUUUCGCGGAGUUCUGCACACUACCGAAAGUCCAAACUACACACCGUCUACAAAAAUGUACUAUGACAAGAAAGGAAUUGCGCCACAUUUUACAGUUCAUAUUGAUAAAUCAGUCACGAAAGUGCAUCAACAUUAUCCAAUCAGCGUUGCAUCUCGGGCGUUGAGAAGGAUAGAAGGAGGGCCACAGACCAACCGUGCAAACGCAAUCCAAAUAGAAAUAGCUUGGAUAGCGAAAAACGCUCAAUCGAUGCCUACAGAAUUGAAAACCACAGUGGCAGAGCUAAUGAGAUGGAUAGAAUCACGUACGGGCAUUAAGAGGAAGAGCUUAGAAUACCGUUCAGAAGACGCGUACGGAGUAAACUCAAAAACGCGCAUGUCAGCUGAUGAUUGGUACAAUUUCAAUGGCUGGUGUGGACACCAACACGUACCUGAUAAUACUCACUGGGACCCAGGAAAGAUAGACAUUCAAUAUCUUCUCACUCAUCAUGUCCAAGAAAUCGUCUAUAAGAUUAGCGUUUACACAAGCGAUGUUUAUUUGGGUGGAACGAGUGCUUCUGUCAGCAUCGCUCUAGCAGGUGAGUGGGAUUUUACACAGAAGUUCACUUUCUCUUCACCCAACAGUGGCUCGUUUAGUAGAGGACGCGUGGGUGUAGUCAACAUUCGAACAAGCAGAGUAUUGGGAAGCCUAAAGCGCCUUGCCGUUAGUCAUGACAACAAAGGUACGUCACCUGGUUGGUACAUAGACAAGGUGGUGGUGACGAGAACUGACGGAACAGACGAGUAUAAGUACACGUUUCCGUGCAAGAGGUGGCUGGCAGUGGAUGAAGACGAUGGUAGAACCGAAAGAGUUCUGUCUGUUAACGGAAUAGAAAAAGGACAAGGAAAUGACGAAUUGACCAUUGGUAUGAUGGCAGAUGGUCAGAGUGACUGCUCAACCAGUUUAUCUCGAGGGCUUUCAUCUCAAAUUCUGCACCAGCUUCACUGUGAUCAUCCCGGUCUUGUCGACGAGAUCCAUUCAAUCGAGCAGCUGUGCAUGCCCGACACUGUGCUACCGUACCUCCACAAAGAUGCCGCCGCAGCUCUAAAGACAGUCCUAAUGGGCUCUACAACCUCUCUGGUUGUGACGUCAGCAUUGCGCACUGUCGUUGAGCAGUACAUACUUCAUACAUGGAGCUCCAACUUUAGAUGCGGUCUCUCGCAGAAAGAAGAUCAACCAGGGAAAUCUGAUUACAUGAAGGGAGUAGCACUGGAUGUAUCAUCGUAUGACGACUUCAAGCAAGCUUUAUCAGCUAGCAGCAGCUCUCAGUGGCGCGGAAUCAGUGGAGACACGUUCAUGUUUUCUACGAAUACAGACGGCGGCCUCCAACAAUUCCUCAUAGAAUCAUUUCAGAAACUGUGGAAUGCUAAUAACCCCAAAGAAAAACUUACUGAAGACGGAGUGUAUGGACCUAUAACUGAACAGGCACUAAGAAGAUCCCCCGCCAAAGGAUUUGCGGAUGCACCAUCUUGCUCGUUUCCCGCAGUCGCCGUUCCGUGUUGUGUUUCUAUGACACAGCGAGGUUUGUGUGUCCCUCCCAAUCAAUGUCACUCGACGGAUAGGAUUACUGCACAACAAGAGUGUGCCAAUCUGCCGUCCGCAGUUUGCUGUGCAAAAGUGAUCCAUAGCAGCACGAUAUCUCCAAGAGGCGUAUCCUCUACGGAGUACGUGUACACUAUCGAGAUUUUUACCGGCGAUCUACCCAACGCUGGAACGAAUGCAGACAUUUAUGUGUCUCUAACCGGAAGUGAUGGAGAAAGCGAUCGAGUUCUACUUGAUCAUAUGUGGCAAAACGACUUUGAAAGAGGUUCUACUAACAAGUAUUCAAUUAUAAGCAACGUCAACUUGGGAGAAAUAAGAGGCAUUCGAAUUGGUCACAACAGCCGCUUAUUUGGUAGUGGUUGGUAUCUAGAGCAGAUCGUAGUGGAAGACCUGGCUUUGCCAAGUGACCAAAAGUAUACUUUUAAAUGUGAAUGUUGGCUAGACAGCUCAACAGGGAGCACUUGGGCUACACUCGACGUGAAGAAUAAGGACCAAGCAAGCAACGCUGCACAUUCCUGCUUUAAACAAGUUAACGUGUACGAAGACAAAGCAUAUGGAACCGCAGUUGUUGACGCUGUCACUAGACUCGUUGAUUCUUCUUCUAUAUUCCCCCAUAGCAAGGGUCUAUUGAGAAAAAUUGCGUGGGUGGAAAGCAAGUUUGGAAGAGAUAAAAAUACCUUUCGUACCGGAGACGAUGGAGUGGGAAUAUGGCAAAUAGAUAGUAUUGCGCUGCAAGCCACCAAAGACACGACGUCUCAUCCAAACCUGAAAGAAAAACACGACGCGAUUAAGAAACAAUUUAAAAUCGAAUGGAAUUCCGUGACAACGAUUGACUUGCAUAAACCUAUUUACUGUGGAUUAGCAGCUCGUUUACUGCUUUCAAACGUGAAAGAAUCCAUUCCAAAGGAAGACGACAAACAGGCUGCUUACUGGAAGAAAUACUACAAUACGAAAGAGGGAAAGGGCACGGUCCACAAAUUUUUGAAAGACACGGAAGACAUUCCACCAGUAGCAUCUUCGAAAGAUAACGAUUGUGAAUCAACGACUGCAACUGCUCCGUUGUCUUCAACCACCCCACAACAUGAAAACAGAAAAGGUACCGUCAAGGAUGCAGUUCUUGGAGUGCAAGGAUGUUCGCCUGUUUCUAGUUAUCCGUUAGCAGUACAAAUAAUGCAACAGUUGGCCUGUAAGCAGCCCCACGAAACAGUGAUAUUGUCUAGUCACGAGAAGCUUUGCUUCAGCAGCAAUGCUUUUCCAUAUCUCAGCAAUGUUGCGUCAUCUUCUCUGACACGCUCUUUACCAUCCUCUGGUUCUGGCGUAUUUACGGUAUCUGAAGGGCUCGAACCGUUGCCGUAUCAAUACAUUCGCUGGCAGUGGUCCGAAUCAAGACUGUGUAACGUGAGAUCUGCACACCAAGUAGGAAACGGACCGUUUUCUAACGGAAUGUCGAUUCGAGUUGUAGAAGCAGACGAUAUGGAGUCGAUCCUUUCAAACAGUCAGUGGCAGCGUUCUAAUAAUCCGUACACGUACUUUACUCACGUGACAGACGCCGCAAGAAAUUUGACAUCUCUUCAAGUGAGGGCUUUCCAAGAGCUGUGGAAAGCUAACCACCCGCAGUCGACCAUCACUCCAACUGGCCAGUUUGACAAGAAGACCGAGGACGCUCUACUACAAGCACCACUUGCUGGAUUUUCUCUAGGCGCUCAAUGUGAAGCGGUCGCCUCACCACGAAUCUCUUGCUGCACGGGAGACAAAAAGAAAGGAACGUGCAUAGAAUCCUCUAACUGUCCCGAAGCAAGCAAACGCAGUGGGCCAUGCAGUAAUGUUCCCAACUCUAUCUGCUGCGUAGGCAUUGCACCAUUCGACGUCCAGUUUCCCAGUGGAGUAACAUUACCAUCCACUCUUCCACCCCCUAGACGGGAAGCGGAAUUCAGAGAUCCCUACGAUUCUGGCACGUUUCUUUUUGACGGUACCGGCAAGGAAACAUUGAGGGCAUCGACAAACUUUCGGUUUCGCGAGUUUAUGGAUCCAAGCAGCAAUUAUUUCCGUCUCUCUCCUAUCUUAGUGCGCUGCCUGCAGUCUGUACGAAACAAAGCGAGCGAGCCCAUUGUAGUUAAGAAAGGUUAUGAACUUGUGUCCACAUUGGGAUCCAGCUCUUUAUACAGCAGUGGAGUCGCUGCUGUUAUUCGUUUUGGUACAAACGACAGAGAGCUAACACUGACUGAGUUGGUUUUGCGGCAUUGUUUACCGGAAGUAAGACGUCAAGGCAACGAAAUCGGACUGGGGCUGUUGUCUGGCAGCAUCCACAUUGAUUUGAGAAAUAGUCUGUCAGCAUGGAGUGAAAACACAAUUUCCAUGACAACCGCAAGUUACGAAGCUUGGGUUAAAGCCAAAUUGCGAGAGAUUGAAGAUAGAGUCGAGCUUCUUCCAUCUUGCAACAACCAUCGACAGUUAAGUCACGGUCAGGUUUACCCAUCAGGAAGGACCGACGUGGAGAUUUGCGGGAAGAUCGAUUCUCGCAUCAAAAGAUACUCUCAAGACUUUUCAAGGCUCAUUCAGUUUGCUGGUGAUCAAGCUCUGUUUGAAAAUGAGGAAAGAUCUGAGCAGUGGUGUGGUGUUCCCGGUGCAUCGUGUGUUGACUGCAGAUGGUCUAUCGCUGGGUCGUCUACUAAACUGAAAUGUGCCGACAGAAUGAUGAGCGAGAGAUUAGAGGAUCGCGUCUGGAGACUCGCUCAAUUAGUGAAACGAGAAUGGCCAAAACGAAAACUGAUUGUGCACGCAGCAUGGGAUGAUCCCAAUUCUCGGUUUCCAGAGGGUUCCCACAGCGCCAACUCUUUGCAUUAUGAGGGUAGAUCCGCUAGCGUUUCUGUCAGCACAGAGAUCAAAGACCCAACUACGUUCCCGCCUUCAAACGAUAGCCUUUUGAUGCAGCUGUCAGCUCUUGCUAUUUGUGCCGGAUUUGACCACGUGGCAUACGUAGAAACCAAUCGCCUGCAGGUGUCUGUAAAGAAAUCAGACGGUGUCGGAACCGUGCAGACUUUUCAAUCGGCGCAGUUUCUCUGCGUCCUUCCUCCCGCCUCAGACAAUAUCCUCUACACCAUAAAUCAAUCCGAUCCUCGCUGGCUACCUACGUGCCUUCACGACAGCGACGCCCGUCACUUACAACCUCUAACAACCACUUUUUCUCUUGACCAGUUUAUGUCUCCCAACUCCUCUCGCUAUUUCCGUCUGCAUCCGCAAUUAGUAGAAUCUGUUGAAGAGAUAAGCAACCACGUGAGCAAGACUUUCGGUACCCAUAUGUCUAUAGUAAAAGGGUACCAAACGGAGAGUACCGUCGGUGACCCACAUCGACUUCAUCAUUUUGGGCAGGGUUUGGAGAUAAAGUUGAAGGAUUCCGCAUUGAGCACAACUGUGCAACACUUGGCUUCUGCAGUAGUCGAAAUUGCUGGACAUGACUUUACUUUACAUGGAUUCGGUUUUGGUAUCGAAUUGGGCAGGUCCAGUGUGUAUUACCACGUCAGUCACGGAGAUGUGGAAGCUUGGGUAACUGAUGGUUCGCCCAUGACGAGGUCUGAUUUCCAACAAUUUGUUUCAGCAGGAAUAGAACGAGCGAGUAGACGAAUAGAGCCCUACAACAAACAGCGAAGCUGCAAUAUUUUCCCUCCAAUGCGCCAAUCUCCAGAUUACCAAUGGCGAGCUUCGGGUCUAGACGAUUCUCCGGAUACGUCUGAUCCCUCUCAAUUUUGUCGUGACACUGAGAAGUAUCGAAAGGACCAAGUUGACAGUUUGUGGACGGAACUAACUCCUAGACAUUUUAUCCGGUCUAAGCAAGACGUUAAAGAUGCAUUGACCAAUUGCAUGAUAACACACUGCGGAAAAUACUUCCAAGGAAAUGUUUGGAAAAAGAAGUUAGAGCACUGCAACAACUUCAUCCACUGGCUACCGCUAGGUUUCGGCGUUACGGAAAGCAGUGGAGCCAUAUACUUGAGAGAAAACAGAAAAGCACGGGAACACGCGUGCACUGUAGAAGGCAGAAAUUGUAUAGAAAAAACGGAGAUCUACUCGUUGAUAUCACCAAGACUAGAAGCCUUGUAUCCGUUACAAGAAGGCAAAAGUGCUAAAGAAGAAAUUUACUCAACAGCCAACAAUCCCAGUCCUCUCUUUGAAAUCAUGCAACAAGUAUUUGCCAUGCACCUUGAGGGAACCGUCACCGUGUGGGUAAACGAUAGAAGUGAAAUGUCUUCACUCAGAAACAUUAUCAAGUCUCUGAUGGCCUACAAUCGGAAUGUCACGACGGUAACGUUCUACUCAUCGCAAUCUAAUGUUCAAAAAGUAAGGUCGUGGCUGGAGACCAAUAUCUUGCAAUGGACAGCAACCGUGUGUCCACAGCAUGGUCGGGAAUACAUUGCUGAUUAUGACGUGCAAGAAAUGCCUUCGUUGCCAUCAAAACGGAGCGACGGCGAGGAAGGCGACGGCAGCUACUUUGCCUACAGUCAGCUGCGCACUCAUGAAAUGGAAUGGAUCAGUAGAGUGUGAUGCUAUUGAUUAGAUACCAAGCUGUUAGUUUAGAGAUCGCAAAAUGUGUACAAUUGCAGCGAAAAUUUGCAUAGAUAGAAAUGGCUUUUAGAUUUUGUUGUUUGGCAGUGGACAAUUAUUGCAAACGUACAAGCUGCGAGUGUUGCGCGUGUUUCUAGAGCACUAAUAGUGAGAGUGUGAGCAAAGACAACCGGUAACCCAGUUUUCUUGAAUGACAAAAGUUUGUAUUC